GCUAAGGGUGCGGGCGGAGGAGGAAGUGUCAUGGCGUCGGGCCGUGGAGCUUCUUCUCGCUGGUUCUUUACUCGGGAGCAGCUGGAGAACACGCCGAGCCGCCGCUGCGGAGUAGAAGCGGAUGAAGAGCUGUCGCAUCGCCAGCAGGCGGCCAACCUCAUCCAGGACAUGGGGCAACGUCUCAAUGUCUCUCAGCUUACAAUAAACACUGCGAUUGUUUAUAUGCACAGGUUUUAUAUGCACCAUUCUUUCACCAAAUUCAACAGAAAUAUAAUCUCACCUACAGCAUUGUUUUUGGCUGCAAAGGUAGAAGAACAGGCUCGGAAGCUUGAGCACGUUAUCAAAGUGGCACACGCUUGUCUCCACCCGCUCGAGCCACUGCUGGAUACAAAGUGUGAUGCUUAUCUUCAGCAGACUCAAGAACUGGUUUUACUUGAAACUAUAAUGCUACAAACACUGGGUUUUGAGAUCACCAUUGAACACCCACACACAGAUGUGGUGAAAUGCACCCAGUUAGUAAGAGCAAGCAAGGAUUUGGCACAGACAUCCUAUUUCAUGGCUACCAACAGUUUGCAUCUUACGACCUUCUGUCUUCAGUACAAACCCACAGUGAUAGCAUGUGUAUGCAUUCAUUUGGCUUGCAAAUGGUCCAAUUGGGAGAUCCCUGUGUCAACAGACGGAAAGCACUGGUGGGAGUAUGUGGACCCUACAGUGACCCUGGAGCUGCUCGAUGAGCUAACACAUGAGUUUCUACAAAUAUUGGAGAAAACGCCUAGUAGGUUGAAGAGGAUUCGAAACUGGAGGGCUAUGGCUAAGAAACCAAAAGUAGAUGGACAAGUAUCAGAGACACCACUGCUUGGUUCAUCUUUGGUCCAGAAUUCUAUUUUAGUAGAUAGUGUCACUGGUGUACCUGCCAAUCCAAGCUUUCAGAAACCAUCAACAUCAACAUUCCCUGCUCCAAUACCUCUAAAUUCAGGAAAUACUUCUGUUCAGGAUAGCCGUGCAUCUGAUAAUGUAUCAGUGCUAGCAGCAGGAAUGCCCAGUACCUCAUACAAUGUGUCAUCACACCGAGAGUGGCCUCAGCAUGCAGACUCAGCCAGGACAGACCCGGUGUACACACAGAACCAAGAGGCCACUCUCUCUGGGAGCCAGUAUCAAAGCUUCCAGCAGGGACCUUCCAUGGCACUGCACUCCGGAUCACAUCACAGGCCGGACAAAGCUGCUGAUCACAGUAAACACCAUGGUCCCACGCCUGCUGCUCCUGGAGGGCUUCCUCAGAAGAUGUCUUUAGAUAAGUACAGAGAGAAGCGGAAGCUGGAGACCGUGGAUCUGGACACGAGGGGUCACUAUCUAGCUACCCAUGCAGAGCAGCAGCACAAACAUGGGCCAGCUCAGGUAGUCGCAGGGACCUCUGUCACUUCUCCCAUCAAAAUGAAGCUUCCCCUCACCAACUCCGACAAGCCUGAGAAACACUUGGCAGAGAAAAAGGAGAGAAGCGGAUCACUGAAGCUACGGAUCCCCAUUCCACCCCCUGAUAAAGGCCCCAGCAAAGAAGAGCUGAAGAUGAAAAUCAAAGUGUCAUCCUCUGAAAGACACAGCUCUUCUGACGAAGGCAGUGGGAAGAGCAAGCACUCAAGCCCACACGUCAGCAGAGACCACAAGGAAAAGCACAAGGAGCACCCCGCUAACCGCCACCACAGCAGCCACAAGCAUUUGCACAUGCACAGUGGAGGCAGUAAGCAUGCAGCUGACGGAAUGCCUCCCACUGUGCUGAGGAGUCCUGUGGGCCUGGGCCCUGAAGGCAUCUCCUCCGCCUCCAGUGCCCGGAAGAAGCUGCAUGUCAGUGAUGCCUCCCACAACCACCACUCCAAAAUGAGCAAAAGUUCCAAAAGUGCAGGUAGUUCAUCUAGUUCUUCCUCUGUUAAGCAGUAUCUAUCCUCUCACAGCUCUGUUUUUAACCAUCCCUUACCCCCUCCUCCCCCUGUCACAUACCAGGUGGGCUACGGACAUCUCAGCACCCUCGUGAAACUGGACAAGAAACCAGUGGAGCCCCACGGUCCUGAGGCCAAUCACGAGUACAGUACAAGCAGCCAGCAUAUGGACUACAAAGACACAUUCGACAUGCUGGACUCGCUGCUAAGUGCCCAAGGAAUGAAUAUGGAACCCUUUGUUUAGGUCAACUCUUCCUUUCCUUUUAAUUUAAAAAUGGUUGGAAUGGAAAACGCCCUCCUGGUCCAGCGGUGGUGCCACUGCUUCCAUAUUUGUAAGUGCUGCUUUGUCCUUCAUUCUGAAAGAAGACAUGAUAGUCAAAAGCCUAUCUCCACAUACGAUAGUGUUACCAGGACUGUGAACGCAUGGAAGAUGCAGCUGAGAACAGUAGGAUGGCUGGCUGGCUGCUGCUAGGGACCCGAGCUGCCUCGAGCUUCUGUUAUUUAUGAUUUGAAGAUUGUAGCUGUUUUUGUUGUUGCUUGGCUUUGAAUGAGUGUGAAUUGUUUUCCUUUGUGUAUUUAUACUUGUAUGUAUGGAUUGCAUGUCUCAGUGAUAAAGGGAUAAAACAGUAUACUGACAACUGUUUACAAGAAAGUGGAGAAAAAUGUACAUACAUUUUUGUAUGUUUAGAUAUUACCAUAAAUACUCAGGAUUGGAGCUGCUUGUAAGUAUAACAAUAUACAGAAUAACUUUAUUUUCUCUCGUCAGAGUCCAUCACUAAUCUAAAACACAAGUGGCACUUUUUUAUGUUAACCUUAAACUCUAGGCCUUACUGGAAGCCGCUGAGGGGACACUUCACUACUAGACGGGGAUGUGGUGCCAUGGGUGGUCCUAACACUGGGAAGCACUCAGUUGGCCUUCAGAGCUUCUGGCCAAAUUAGCUGCAGAAUCAGCCAUUGGUUUCUGAAGGCUUGAAGAGGAAAAAACAAUAAAGUUUACAUACUCUUGAUGUGAAGUGCAUUUAAAUGUUUGUUGGCUUGUUGCAGUGCUGUGGAAAGCAGCUAAUAAUGGGUGUGAGGAUGACUGUGACUUCUCUCACGGCAGCUCCCAGUGAAGAUUAGUCCAUUUCUUCAGGAACGCUGACACUACAGAUUCUAAGAGUGAACAGGGGUCACUUUUCCUUUAGCAUUUGCAAUGACACCAUAGUCUUGAAUAGUCUUGAAUAUACUCUUCCCAUGGAGAGAGAGAGUGAGUGAGAGAGAGAGAGAGAGAGAGAGAGAGAGAGAGAAUGAGUGUUGUGUGUGAGGGAGAGAUACCAUAUUUCUUUUUCAGGUAAAUGCAGUCUUCCUUAUAAAAAUUAAAUUAAACCUAUGCUCUCUUGAUUCUUUUAUAUUCUAACAAUAAAUAAAAAAGAUUUCUGACUGUGCAUUGUACCUGUAUUUAUAGCUUAUGGUCAUUAUCAGGAAAAUGUCAGGAAAAAGGCCAGCCUCGGUAAGCAACUGCUGGGGUUUUACAUUGGUUUGCACGUCUUAGUAGGUUCUCAUUGAGGUCAUGGUCACACUGUCCCCUGACGCCUGGUCAGGGGACGGACUGACUUGUCUAAAUUUGGUGAAAGCACCAAUAGUAUGGCUCUUGUCUCUUGCCUAAUCUUGAGUUUGUUUCUGUGGUAAGUCUUAGCUGUUGAGUCUCUUAAGAUGGAUCUGAUUCAACUUGUAUUGAAUCACAAGUUUUCCUCUGUAUAUGAAAUGUUUUGCUAUAAAGCCACUGAUCUGUGCACAAUUGUAAUUUUAUUCGAGUAUGUUGUGGUUGUAAAUAUUAGAGUUGAGCCUUGUACUCUACUUUUAUUUAGCAGUUAUCUCAUUUGCCAGUAGCUGUUUGUUUGUUUGUUUGUUUGUUUUUUAAAGAAAAUUGUUGAAUCUUUUGUCAAUGUUAUUUGAACCUGGGAGUUUCUUUGUGGGAGCUCCGCCUAGUGGGCUGUUCCUCGCUCUGUUCUUGUCUUGCCUUGGUAAUCUUUGUUACUAUGUGAUUUUUGUUGCUGUGUAGUAUAGUAUUGUAUCAUAAACAUGAUGGUUUUGAUACAGUUACGGUUUUACCGUGGUACAUUUCCAAGAACUAGCAUAGAAUUUAAACAAAGUACAAGGUGAGGGAGGGAAGGGUUUUGUUCUUGGUGAUUUAGAUGUGAAACCUCAACAGAGCAUCAUGUGAACUGACUUGAGGUGGUCGUGCUACUGUAUCAUUGGGAGUGAUGCCAGGAAUUUUAAUCAGCUUUUGUAGAGUAUCCAGAGUAGUAGUGAACUUAUUUUCAGUAAGACAUAGAAAACAAUGUGAAUAUUUAAGGUCUGGGACUAUAGUUAGAUUUCACUAAGGACUUUCAGAAAUGUGUUGUUUUUUGUUUGUUUUUGUUUUUUGUUUUGUUUUUUUAGAUCUGGGAAUAAAGGUAAUUUUGUUGAAUCUUUAUUGGUGCUAAUGAUGGACAGUUACAAACAGAUAGUGUAUAUGCUGUGGAUAAGUACACUUAGUACUUCCAGAAUUGACUUUGAAAUGCUAUGUAUUCACUUUUCACUCUGUAAAUGUAAUUCUUUACAAUGACUAUUUAUUAAAAGGCAGUCAGUUGUGAUUUUUACAGGAUUGUGUGAACUAUUCAAACUCUUCAACCUCAGAACAAGAUGCUAAAACCACAAUGGGGGAAAAAUUCAUGACUCCUCCUUUCCUUUCACUAAGCAAAACCCUCAUAAUUCAUAUCACCACGAAUUUGCUUGAACGAUCUUGUUUGCAUAACAUAGUUCAUUUGCAUGGUCCCAUUAGACUCUACCAAAGAAAAAAGACUCAAUAAAUGGACAUUCUAUUGUGAGUCUUGUAAGUAGCCAUAAAUAACCAAAAUAGUAUCAAACUUAGGUAUGAAAUUUCACUUGUGCAUAGUACUGUUAAGGUGAUACAUUUUUGAUGAGUUUUUUAAUACUUGAAAAUAAUUAAAAAGCAUUGUCUUUACAUCA